CAAAGAAAGGGGAAGAGCAGGAGCAACACUGUCCAGCAGGAGUGGAAAAAUCAAAGUUGGAGAGAAGGAGUGAAAAAAAAGACAAGGCAGAGGGGGGAAGGAGCCCGAGAGUCUCUGUACAGACCGGAGAGGUGAAAAAAAAGUUUUAACUAGACAAACAAAAGAAGAGAACAGGGGUGAAUGAGAGAGAGGGGUCCUGGCAUUCAGAGAAAACAGGAUGUCGACCCUGCCAUCGGAAAACAGCCUUGAAGAUGCGUACAGCCGCAGCUUCUGGAUGCCUGGGAACUAUCAGCGCACUGUGAAGCGAACAGAAGAUGCUUUCCAGGCCUGUAAUGACAUCGUGGCGUGUUUCCAAGAGAGAGCUCGCGUGGAGAGGCAAUACGCCCAGCAGCUCAGUGAAUGGAGCAACAAGUGGAAGCCAGUGGUGGACUCUAGUCCUCUAUACGGCUCUCUUAUGAAGGCUUGGCAGUGUUUUCUGUCCUCCGCCGACCGGCUGGCCGCCUUACACGCCACCAUCUGUCGCUCCCUGGUGUCGGAGGAUGGAGAUCGGGUCAGGACCUGGCAGAAGGAGACCUUCCACAAGAAGUUAUUUGGAGGCUUCAAGGAGUCCCAUGACGCUGAGACGGGGUUUGCACGUGCUCAGAAGCCGUGGGCUAAAAGACUUAAAAAGCUGGAUAAAGCAAGAAGAGCAUACCAUAAGGUGAGCCGGAAAGAGCAGGCAGCCAGAGAGCGAGAGGCACACACUCAGGGAAACCCUGACGUCUCCAUAGACAAACAGAAGAAGAUCCAGGAGGAAAGAGAAGUGGCUCAACAGGAGGCUGAGAAGGUUCGUGCGCGCUAUGAGAAGGUCCUGGAGGAGGUGAACACCUAUGCUCCUCGCUACAUGGAGGAGAUGGAGUCCGUCUUUGACCAAUCACAGGAGGAGGAGCGCAAGAGGAUUGUAUUUCUCAAACAGGCUUUCCUUUCCAUCCACAAACACCUGGACAUCACCAACAAUGAGAGCGUGCGGGCCGUGUACAACGAGCUCCACAACACACUCAUGGCUAUCGAUGAGCAAGAGGACCUACGCUGGUGGAAAAACACCCACGGGCCCGGCAUGCCGACUGACUGGCCUCACUUCCAGGAAUGGUCACCUGAAAAGAAAACCAAAAAAGGGAAGAAAGAAGUGGAAAAGACAGGAACAAUAGAGAAGAGUGUGAUGAUUGGAGGAGUGAAAGUAAGGGCUCUGUAUGAUUAUGUCGGCCAGGAGACGGAUGAGCUGUCCUUUAAAGCAGGUGAAGAGUUUCUGAAGAUUGAGGAUGAGGAUGACCAAGGAUGGUGUCGGGGGAAGAAGGAUGGUGGGUGGGAGGGGCUUUACCCAGCCAACUAUGUGGAGGUGGUGUAGUGACCGCAUGCAGAUUGAAUGUGAAAGAUCUUGUUAUAUCACCACAUUUCACAGCCUGGAUAAAUAUCAAAAUGUCAAAAACACAAACUCAGCGCUGUAAACUCAAAGUAGCUGUUAGCCAAAGAUGGGGAGUGUGAGCACACGUCGGUGGAUAUUUUGGCGUACAGAGAUUUUUUUUUUUUUUUUUUUAUUAAACUGGUAUAUAAUCUCGAAGGAUUUUUUUUUUGGAUAUGUUUUAAUAUAUACAGUAUGCAUAGACCACUUGUAUUGAAGCCAUAUAAAUAAACAAUGCUUUAAUGUAAAGAAAAAAAACAUAACAUGCUGGAGUGUAAAGGCACACAUCCAUCUGGUGCUGAAAUCAGUAGUGGAGCCAGAAAAUUUUAAAGGGGUGGUCAGGCUGAGACCAUCAUUUCUCAUCGUCUCAAGACUUAUUUUUCUUGCAUGGCAAAUUGCUGCAGGUCAGAUAAUCUCUUUGCUCUCAUUGUGACUGCAAUGAAUGCAACGUAAAGUUCAUUAAAUCGUUACAGUUUUAAUAAGUGGUCAGAUACAUGUGUGUAGGAGCAAUGGCAAAGAGAAAUGGUUUCACAAAAAAAAAAAAAAAAAAAAAAAAAAAAAAAUCAAUCAAGUUCGGCUUACAAAAACAAAACAAAGAAAAUUAAGUUAUGCAGUUGUACAUGGCCCUCUGAUAGUCUGUGGUGGCCAUGGGCCCCCUGGCCCCCCGGGUCGCUCCCCUGACUAAAAUUGCUGUAUAGAGUGCUAUUUUCUUUUAGCUGCUUUUUGUUUUGUUUUUUAAAGCCUCAUGAUAUUAAAAUGCUCACAAAGCCUCACAACAUAUGAAAAAAGUGACGCUAAAACUGUGAUUAUAAUUAUUCCAAAGCAGCCGUACAGUUGGACUCAGCUUAUUAGAUGCAGGAAGUUGUAUCGCCUUUUUGUUUUUGUGGUUUAAAGGAACAGAAUGAAGUUAUGAGAAAUCCUGUGUAACCCUCAGUUGCCCACAGCAAAAGUGUUUUACCCAGAACAGCAUCAACAUGCACCCCAUGAAGUCCAAUGCUGUUUUAGUUUGUACCAAGUUUCCUUAAAAUGGCUUUCAUCACUAUUUUUUCUAUUAAGAAUUUAUCGCUUGUCUAUUUGUGUGUGGUAGGGAUUGAUCCCAGUGGCAAAGCCAGAACAGAACGCAAAGAAUUUUCAAGCAACUGAAUAUUUCAGCUUGCUAGUUUUACUUCUUUUUUCUUGUUCACAGCUUUACAGUUUUGGUUCCCUCUUACUCAAGCUGAGGAAAUGCUCACAGCUGGUAAGAACACUGUAUGUGAUCUUACCAGCACCAACUACAGCAGACAAACAGAGCAUUUGGCAGCUAAAACACCAAAUGUUUCCAGCAAAUGUUGGCAGAGGCUAAAAACACAUCUCUAAAGGUGUUGUUAUAUUGAUUUGUAUUUCCUGAAUUUAUAAUAUACUUUGGUCCUUAAGGACAAAUGCACAAAAAUAUAAAGAAAUGACAUAAAAAAAAUAAUCUAUGCUAACACUUAUUAUAGUAUAAAUACAAUCUUCUUUGUAUAUCUCUUGCCACCAUUGAAGAUUUCAACCGUAUUUAAUAUUUUGGGGGUGUUGCGCUCUCUUCAGUAUAUAUUAUGGUUUAUCAAAAUUAAUUUUGAAGUUCUUGUUUGUCCUUUUCUGCCCUUCAGGGUUAUUGUAUCACUGACCCCAGUCAGUCAGUCCAGGUUUAACACAUUACAUUGUAAUAACGCUGUACUUUAGGAAACCGUUUACAAUGUGAUUUUGCUUCACUCAUUACCUGCCAAGCUGACCUGGUACCUGUUAGAUGUCUAACACUUAUUACAUUAAAAACACACAUUUGGUUUCAGCAGGAAAUUCUAAAAACACUUUAAACCUUGUUACAAAUGUACAAUGGAGGCUGAAGAACUGACUUUUGAUUCAGUGCUGCCCUGACAAACAGUAAAACCUGGUUUCCCUCCACUUCCACAUUAGCAUCCAUAUUCUUACAUACUCACUAUAUUUCAGGAUGGUGGUUCAGUAAACCGCUCAUGGGCUUUCACAAAAGAUGUGGUAUGCGUUUCACUUGAGUGCAAGCUUCAGCCCAAACUAAAAUGUCUGAGUGGGGCUGUUUUAAUACCCCAUUAUAUUUUAUACAGGAAUGUUGUCUGUUUGUGUUUGUCAUACCUUUUUACUUUACCUGUGAUUAUAUAUAUAUUAAAUGUUUCCACAUUAGCCUGAGCUGUUUUCAUUGUCACUUUGGGCAUUAAGUAUCUGCCUAACUACAACAAGCUGUGUGACUGUUAAAUACCGGACCUGUAUACUAGGAUAAAAAUCCAUUUCAAGGAAAGCCUUUUCUUUUUGCCUCACCUGUCUGCUGCCAGCUGGAUGCUUCAUUUUAGGUUCAAAUAUAUUGAACUCUGCAGCACAAGUAACUGAAAACUGUUAAGUUUCAGGGUGUUGCUGCAUCCUGCGUGAAAGCGCCUUCGCACUGAACCUCAGAGUCCCUCCUGGUUUGGAGGUCCUGCCGUGCUUGGCGGCUCUACCACAAUCAAGUAAAAAUGAAGAGUGUAAAGGGCUUUUUACAUCAAAAUGGAAAUGUGCUAAAUGAUGAAAUCUAUUCAUAAUGUUAUUAUUUUGAUUUUUGCACCUUUGAUAGAGGAAAAGUCUUUCUCCAGGUGAGCCCUAUUAUCUGUCAUUAUAGGUCAUAAUGAUCUUUAUUGUUGGACUAAAAUCAUUAAAGCAUUAAGAUGCUUUAAGAAAUGAAUGCUCUGAGCAUGUCAUAGAUCUCUCUCUACACGCUGUUUGGAGAAUAGUAAUAUUUCGUAGCAUGUCACACUGUUCCUUCUGGAUAAUUCCUGUGGAACAACUAGUUUUCUUGUCUGUCUGUAAUAUGUAAUCUUCUGUUAUUAGACUGUACCUAUCACAGAAAGCAUCUUUACCAAAGUGCUGGGUUUGCCUAUUAUAGUAUCUCAAUAUCUGCUGUGUGUCUUUCUUUGUCAUGUAAAUUUAUGAACUUUUAAAU